AAAACUUCAUUUUAAAAAGUCCGGUUACCAUAAUUUUUUUGACAGUGGCAACGGUCAGUCUGAAAAGAAAUAAUCUUUUACUGUUUUUAUAGAUUUUUUUGAUAUACUAAAAGAAUGUUCAGUCAAAAAGACAUAGACACCAUGACUUCGCAGUAUUUGAAAAAUGCCAAAAUUCCGCCUGAAAUUAAAGAACCAACUAUUAACUUGGUAGAGAAAAUGAUGUCUCACGAAUGUUACGGAAAUCCUGACUAUAAAUGGUCUUUGGACGAUUUUGAACUAGGCGGACGUUUGGGUCGAGGCAAGUUUGGUCGUGUUUAUGUAGCCAGAGAAAGAAAGACUGGUUUCGUGGUGGCAUUAAAGACACUAUUGAAAAGAGAAAUCGUUAAAGGGAAUGUAGAAAGACAGAUUUUACGUGAAAUUGAAAUACAGAGUCAUUUAAAGCAUCCCAAUAUUUUACAACUUUUGUGCUGGUUUCAUGAUGGUUAUAGAAUUUAUUUGGUUGUGGAAUAUGCAGGAAAAGGAGAGCUUUACAAGCACCUAAAAGCAAGUCCUGGAGGGCACUUUAAUGAACAUCAAGCUGCUAAGUACACAUACCAAGUAGCUGACGCUAUCAACUACUGUCAUACUAAUCAAGUAAUUCAUCGGGACAUAAAACCAGAAAAUUUGUUAUUAACUUUUGAGGAUAACAUUAAGCUGGCUGAUUUUGGUUGGUCUGUUCAUUCACCUUCAUUAAAACGGAAUACAAUGUGUGGUACACUGGAUUAUUUGCCACCAGAAAUGGUUGAGAACAAAGUAUAUAGCAAAUUUGUGGAUCACUGGUGUUUGGGAGUGCUUUGUUAUGAAUUCCUAGUGGGUAAUCCUCCUUUUGAGAGCAAAACUAGUGAUGAAACUUACCAAAAAAUAAAAUCUGUAGACGUGAUGUAUCCAGAAACUGUUCCUCAAGGAGCUCAAGAUCUGAUUUCAAAACUCCUUAUUCAUACAGGUCGCAAACGAUUGACUUUAUCCCAGGUUAUGCAACAUCCAUGGAUUACUGCUAACAAAUAGGUUACUUUUUUCUUUGAAAUAAUUAAGCUUUGAUAAAUAAUUGUAGACAAAAAUAAAAAUGGUUGAUACUAAUGACA